CAGCAGGGCCGCGAUGUAGGCGGAACGUUGCGGAACAACAUCGCGCUCAGCAAAUUCGCAGCCGCCGCUGGUUUCUUCCUCGUGCCCCUGCGCAUCCUUGUCAACCCGUUAACUAGUUGGAUGCUGCUGCUGCCGAUGGGCAGACUGUACAGGACCACGUCAGCGGCUUUGCGGAAGCGGAUGAGCAACCCCAAUGCCGGCAAGGACAUGCUCUCGCACUGGCUUCGCGCUUCCGAAGUAUCAGGGACACUGAGCGUACGGGAGAUCGAGGCGCAGGCGAAUGUGAAUGUGGGCGCAGGGGCGGAGCCCGUUUCCACUGCUAUUCAGAGCGUUGUGUAUCACAUGAUCAGGCAUCCCAAGGCUUGGUCGAUGGCCCGCGACGAGAUCGAUGCGGCUCGUGCCCAAGGGCGCUGCCAACAUCGCGUUGUUUCGUCGCACGACGCCCAGAGCCUGCCUUAUGUACAAGCUUGCGUAAAGGAGUCGCUGCGCUUGUUUAGCCCAACGACCAUGGGCUUGCCUCGUAAGGCCCCGAAGGGCGGCAUCACUAUCGCAGGCCGACACUUCGCAGAGGGCACCACUCUCAGUGUUUCUUCGCAGCAGGUUUGCGCGCUUGCAGUGCACUUAUCGACGGACAUCUGGGGAGCUGAUGCUCACCAAUGGCACCCGGAACGCUGGAUGUCUGGCUAUACAAAGGAGUUGGGGGAAUACUGGUUGGUGUUUUCCGCUGGGUUUUUGACGUGCCCGGGACGUCACCUUGCGCUGAUACAGGUCUCUAAAGUGGUAGCUUCUCUAAUCCACUGCUACGACAUCCGUCAGGUGGAUCCGGACAGCGUGUGGAGGUACCAGGCUAACUUCACCGCGCUGACACACUCGUGGCCGGUAAUGGUG